GGGCGGAAGUGCAUCUGAAAAAGCAUGUACUAAUGGAGACGUAUGGGGACACCUCUCUAGAUGAGGUUCUGUAAAGGCUUCUCUGUAUGACCAAGAUGGAGUCACAGCUGCUGGUGGCUCCGAUUACUGCGCUGGAGUUUGUGGGUGAUCAUCUUCUGGCGGGUGAAGGCCCUAAUCUGACAGUUUAUAGCGUAACAAGCAGCGGUUUCCCAUCAUUGAGGCUCAAGGAGAACGUUCUUGCAGGUUACACCAUUCAUGGGAUAAAGACUUCCACUUCAGAAGACUCAGACUCCUCUAUCUUGUGUGUGUUUGGAAGUAAGGGUCUAAUCGUGCUGAAUUUCAACAGCGGAGAAGUAAGCCUGUCCAAAGUCUGUCAGCUUCGAGAGUUGCAUGACUGGAUAUGGGACGUUCAGUGGCUUGGAGAUGACUCGCAGUCUGCUGCUUACCUUGGCGUAGCUUUGGGCCACAAUUCUGUAGCUUACUAUGAUUAUAGGGAAGGAAAAGUUCUAAAGGAAAUCCACUGCUCAGAAAAAUGCAUCUUGUACUCUGCUCAUUUUGUGGGAAGAACCUGGGAAGAGCUCACUCUGAUCUCUGGGACGGUCUUCAACCAGCUCGUCAUAUGGGGAAUGUCUGAUCAAACCAAUGAAGAAGGGAGAGUAGAGCCUCGCAGGAGAAUAAGCGGGCACGAUGGCGUCAUUUUCAGCAUAUCUUAUGAAUUGCAGGGGGGUAUUUUAGCUUCGGCCUCCGACGAUCGCAGCCUCAGGGUGUGGAACGUGGGCAGUCUUCUUGACCACGAUCCAGAGGUCCAGUGUCUUCUCGUGUUGUACGGGCACCAAUCGCGAGUGUGGUCGGUCAGACUUUUCCCAGACAACAUAAUCAGUAUCGGUGAAGACUCUGCUUGUAUUGUGUGGAACUACAGUGGCGACAUUAUCCAUAACUUUAAAGGCCAUAAAGGUCGGGGCAUCAGAGCUGUUGCCGUCCAGGACCAACUUGGUUUGGUGGCGACAGGUGGAGCAGAUGCUGGUAUACGACUCUGGCAAAUUAAAGAAAAGUCUUCCUCCUCUACCAACCUUCUGAACCUACAUUUUGAUGGCUCUAAGAACAUUGGGGUCCCGAAGGCAAUCAUGUUAGCGGAUAUCAGUUGUCUUGUUGUAAUGACGGACUUGGGCUUUAUAUACACUUAUAAUUUUACCAGUAAGCAAUGGUCCUUGGUACUGGAGGAUAAGAAUUAUAAAUCGUAUGGUCUCCUAGAGGUGGUCAGAUUGGCUGAGUCCACCCUGUGUGCCAUCGGUAACAUAACUGGCAGCGUUAAGAUCUUCUCACUUUCAUCUGCUCCCUCUUGCAAGGAGUUGAAGCACCAUGAAGGUAAAGUGCACAGCCUGACUUGGGUUGCCUCAUCAUCAGACACCUGUAGCCUGUUUUCUUCUGGUCCUAACGGAGUCCUCGUUUGGCUUGAAGUCACAUGUGUGUCUGGAGAUAUCGCAUCUGUCAUUGAGAAGCGUAGGUUUCUUCUACCUACCUGCAAGCAGAGAUGGCAUACUAGCAUAGCAUUUGUGCCUGAAGAAGGUUUGAUUGUAUGUGGUGACCGCAGAGGUUCACUGGUGCUGUUUCCAGUCAAGGACGGAUCUUCACAAAAUGCCAACAACCCUCAAACGUCUAACAUUUCCAGCCCACAAGGGCAAGAAGAAGAACCGAUCCAUGUUCUUUUUGGCCUUCAUGGUAAAUUAGGUGUCACAUCAGUGGCUUAUCAUAAUAACUUUGUGUACAGCAGUGGUCGAGAUGGGUUUUACCGCCAGUUGAAGUUGGAAGGGCGCCAGUUGGUCAUGCUCCGCAAACUCAAGUCUUGUAAAGGGAUGGAGUGGAUUGAAAGUGUGUCUUUUACACCCGAUGGAGACAUAUACGUCCAUGGUUUCCACUCCACUGACUUUGUGGUGUGGAGUACGAGAACUAAUGAGAAACGUCUCUGCAUCCCUUGCGGUGGAGGACACAGAUCUUGGAGCUACAAGACAGAAGGUCCAUUGGAAGUGUUUGCCUUUAUUAAAUCUGGUGAUCUGUUCACCUACCAAAGCCAACCGGCUGAAAGAAUCCAGAAUGUGUUAAAGGAACCUUUGCAUGGCAGAGAACUGACUUGUGUUAAGUAUGGUGGAACGGUUAUGACUUCCAGCAAGGAACAUCUUGGCAUCCUUAUUACAAGCAGUGAAGACACCACCGUUAAUAUUUGGUCCUUCAAUGAAAAUUCUAAACACCUUAAUUGCCUUUCUACCCUAAGUGACCAUCUCUCCAGUGUGAAAACUUUGGCUUUAGCCAGGACCACACAUCAAGAUGGUGUCCUCUCGACUCUGCUCUUCACUGCUGGGGGUAGGGCUCAGAUUGAGGUUUAUCGGUUGUGGAUCCAAGCAGAGGAGGUUAAUGGCAGCAUUACGUGUCAAGUCAUCCACUUGGCUUCCCAUCGACUGGAUGAACACUGGGAUAGAAUCAGGAAUAAACACAGGAUGCUGAAGAUGGACCCAGAAACCAGAUACUUGUCAGUCUCCACAGUGGAUGAGAUUCCAAAUAGCGUGAAGCCUGCGUCCUGCGUGUAUCUCGCCGCUGCCUGUAGUGAUGGAUCUGUAAGAUUCUUUGCGAUGAGUGAGCGUUCCCGGCAGAUGAUAUUGGUAGCGGAGUCCUUUUACCACCAGCGCUGUGUACUGAAAGUCGAGACCUUUGUCCACACUUCCGGCAACGAUUCAAGAGUCAUGCUGUGCAGCGCCGCUACAGAUGGUCGCAUUGCCUUAUGGGAUAUAACUGCUACAGUAUCCCAUGCCGAUAGGCUGCUGGAGAAGGGGCACCCAGAUUGUCCUUUGCCGGAUCUGGCACCGGUUUGCUUUACGGUCUCCGCUCACCAGUGUGGGGUCAACAGUCUCUGUGUCCAGAUGACUAUGGAUGGGCAGUACUUGGUCGCCAGUGGAGGAGAUGACAAUUCCAUCUCCGUGUGUUGGUUAACAUUGGACCAUACAUCUCAGGAGGAUCCAAGAGGAGCCGUCCAGCUUCUCCGGUCAGUCUCCGUCAACUCCGCGCACGCGGCACAUGUCACCGGCCUGCGCAUCCUCGGAGAUGACCUCUUGGUAUCUGUGUCUGUGGAUCAGCGUCUGUCUCUUUGGAGUCUUGGGGAGAAUGGACUUCGGCACGUGGCUACCAGAUUCUGUCACGUGGCCGAUGUGUCCGGGUUGGACUGUUGGACUCAUGAUAAAGGACAUCUAUGUGUGAUCUGCGGGCAAGGACUGGAGAUUGUGAAGUGGGAGCAAUAAAUAUCCUGAAAAUGUACUGAGAUCAUGUUUCUAAAAUAUAUGUAAUCUACAGAAAAACUAAAGUUAUAUUUAUAAGGCGUGUUUGUAUAUUAAACCAGAAU